AUGAAGAAAUUUCACUUUACAAAAACCCACCCCUGCCUGCUGCCUGCCUGCCUGCCUAUAUUGCUCGGUCUGGAUUUUUACCUUACAAUACACAAUACUCUUCUACAACUACUUGGUGCUCUAUUCCAGCUUCAAUUCCAGCAAAGCACACAUUAUCAACCACCAUCACGUUCAAGUUCUUCUGCAGAGUCCUCUGCUACCGUCAUGUCAUACCUGAGACUGAUCCCCGAUGAGCACAAGGAGGCCAACAUUUUGAUCUCCGAUACAGCUCAAUCCACUUCCAAGGACCGAUCUUCAACACCAACUUCUGAGGGUUCAAGCACAAGCUCGUCUCGAUUGUUGAACAGCACCGCAGCCUUUCUCGUCUUGACACCGUGCAUCGGAAAAAAGCACAAUGCAACAGUCGGAACCCAAGAUGCGGAAGUACCCCAACCAAAAUCGGAUGUUAAAUUGUAA